AUGGGUUCGGUUCGACUGCUGAUUCUUUACUUAUUGCCUCUGCUGAUGUUCUUGGAGCUCGGAAUGAGUACGAGCAACGAUGAUGGGUGGACCCAGUUUAAGAUCAAAUACAAAAAGCGGUAUAACACAGAAGAGGAUAACUGUCACCGAAAGAUAUACAACACAAAGCUACGAGCUAUCCGCGCUCACAACAGGCUCUAUCUGCAGGGCAAGGUGAGCUACUGGAUGAGACUGAACGAGUUCUCCGACUCUGAUCAUAAUCUGCUCUUCUCGUACCGGAGAAUGGUUCCCCCGCCCCUAGAGAGAUCGACAAUAGGAGUCGUGAAACCUCCGAACUACAAGACCUACAACCAGAUUAGGGGUGGGAGGGACUGGCGCAAGUUCGGCAUCAUUUCGCCCGUGGGAACUCAGGGACACGAGUGCCUGAGUUGCUGGGCCUUUUCCACAACAGGAGUUCUGGAGGCGCACCUGGCCAGGAGGACCCGUCGGCUGGUGCCACUGUCCCCCAAGCACCUGAUGGACUGUGUGCCCAAGCCCAACGAAGGCUGCCGGGGCGGAUGGGUGAGCGUGGCCUUUAACUACACUAGGACCCACGGGAUAGCAACGCUGUCCUCCUAUCCGUACGAACCGAAGGCAGAAAGGUGUCGACAAGAUCUCGCAUACAAUGGAGGUUUCUUGAGGGGUCACGUCACUCUUAAUAAACGAUGCGAAAGGGAGCUGGCCGAGGUGGUGUACAAUGUUGGACCCGUGGCUGUAUCCAUUCACAGCCUGCACCAGGACUUUGAGGAGUAUGGCGGUGGAGUCUUGAGGAUUCCGGACUGUCCAUCGGACAAGAUUGACCUUACGCACUCCGUCCUCGUGGUGGGUUUCGACACGGAUCCGACCUGGGGCGAUUACUGGCUGAUAAAGAACUCCUAUGGCAAAUCCUGGGGCGAGAGUGGCUACUUCCGGUUGGCGCGUAACGCUGGCAACAUGUGCGGCGUGGCCUCCCUUCCACAAUAUCCCAUUGUAUAA